GAAAUGUAGAUAGCAUUUCUCCACAUUUAGUUAAGUAAGGAAUCCCAAUCCUAAAGUGAAACGCAAAAUCUCCGCCUCUCUAUACACAAACAAAGCUGUUAGGGUAGGGCAACAGUAACUGACAUUAACUCGAUGGCUCAAACCAGUCCAAACAGAAAAGUUCACGACUGGUCGAGUCUUCAUCAAGAUGUCGUCGACUCGAUCGCCAAACGAAUAGUCUCUCCGGCGGAUUUGAUUGCUUUUGCCGCAGUUUGUAAAGCAUGGAGAUCAGCCGCCAUCAAAGAAUACUUUACCAGCCAAUCAACACUGAAAUCUCCAGUGCUUAUGAUCCAAGCCAACAACAAGGAGAAGGGCACUCUCACCCCUGAAUUCUACAACAGCUCAAAGAGUACGUGGUCAAAGGGUACGUUUCACAAACUUGGUCUGCUCGCAACCAAGAAAACAAAGCAGUCUUUUUAUUCUUCUCUAGGCUGGCUGGUGGCUGUGUCUGAGGAUUUGAAGGUUGAUCUGCUGCACCCUUUAAGCCAUGCCCAGAUUGAACUUCCAGAUAUUAACAAAGUCAGAAACCAUCACCAGCAACAGAGCUUUUCCGGCGUGCCGUACGAGUUCAUAGCUAGUAAGUUUGUCUUGUCAUCAAGCCCUUCUUGGACGUGUGAUUAUAUAGUGACUGUUAUUUAUAGGAUUUUGGGAGGCUGGGGGUUUUGGAGACCAGGAGAAGAUGAAUGGACCAGUGUGGGGAGGAAUAUAAUGGAUCUUGCUUAUUAUAAAGGGCAGUUUUAUGCUGUGGACUUUGAUGGGAAUAUAAUGGUUUGUGAGAUUGCAGAGCCUGAGCAACCAAAAAUGAGGAUUGUUGUUCCGAAAGUGCCAAUGGAACCCAUGUGUGCUUCUGUUGAUCAAAGCCUUUAUCUGGUGGAAUCACAAGGGGCCUUGUUGGUGGUUCUGCGUCUUAGGCAAUGGUUCAGUUCAACAACUGAGUUUAGGGUUUUCAAUGUGCCAUUGGAGGGUUGUGGCAAGUGCUGGUGCCAUUGGUCGGAUUUGCAGGUAAAGAACUUGGGUGACAAUACCCUAUUUCUGGGACGCCAUAAUUCUUCCUUCUCUAUCGAAUGCAAGAAGAACAAGAACUUUGUAUGUUUGGGGAAUAGCAUUUGCUUCACGGUUGAUUUUUGUGAGUGUCUCGCACUUACCAAUGGAGAUAUGGACGCCAGUUAUUUUGUUUUCAAUAUGACAGAUGGGAAAAUCAAGCCUUGCUUGGGCAAACGCCUCAAUUUAAGAGCGCCAUAUUUAUGGAUUCAAGCACCAUUUUAAAGCCUUAGCUCCUAGGCAGACUAUUCUCUCUGCUGUUUCUGAGUGGAGCAAGGCAUCUUGUGGUUGUAGGGCAGUUGAGGUGAAAGUGCAAACUCUUUUGGCUUGGGAUUUUCCUGGGACUGGAGUGGUCAAAACUUAAUGUGGAUGGGUCUCAUAAAGCAGCUUUUGGGAAUAUUGGUGCUGGAGGCGUUCUUCAUGAUUGCAAAGGGGGAUGACUUGGGGGAUUUGCUGUGAAUCUGGGGAAGGGUCAAAUCCUUGAAGCUGAGCUUUGGGGUUUAUUUUUUGAUCUUAAACUGGUCCUGGAUAAAGGUAUUGUAGGAUUGUCAUUGAGUUGGACUCGGCUCUAGUUGUUAUUCUUAUUCAGCAAAUGGAUUCCUAUUGUUUUCAUCCCCUUGUGUAUAACUGCUGUGAUUUUCUUAGGCAGUUUGAGACUUACAAGAUUCACCAUAUUUUUAGAGAGAAGAAUUGCCUUGCUGACUGCCUAGCAAACUGGAGUUACAAUCUGGAUUUUGGUAUUUGUUUCUUUGACACUGCUCCUGUUUGGGCUAGUGAUGCCUUGGUUGAUGAUUUGUUAGGCGUUUCUCGUGCACAUUGGAUUGGUAUUGAAAGAGUGUAGCUGUUUUGGGGGUCUUCCCCCCUAUUUCAUAAAAAAUGAUUCUCAUCUUUGGAUCAAA